AUGUCUCUCCUACAUAAUGAUGACUUUGCCAUUUGGCAGUUGCGCACCUCAUAUCUAUCAACGAUCAAGGAUGGAGUCGGCGAACGGCUUAUCAAUGUGAAUAACUCGGUCCUCAACACGCCCGGCUUUCGUGCCGCCGGAUGGUUCUCAGGAGCAACCAACCCUAGCAGCCAAGCCGCAGCAGCGCAAGCAAGGAGAGCCUCUUCCCCUCCUAUCCCGACCACGGCCGCCGUCUCCUCAGAGUACUAUCGCUUCGGUGCUUCAAGAGAUGCCAAUACCUUGCGCAGAUCCAGGUUGGGGGAUUACGGAGAAGACGAAGAAGGGGGCAUGGUCACUGGUAAAAGCAAUGUGGAUGUGAUCGGUCGUCGGCACCAGGGCCGGAGUGGGAAACGGACGCGCCGCCGGGAUCGCCAACAGAGCGAACAGCAGAAACAAAGAGAAGCCGAAGAGGAUGAUAGCAGUGACUUGAGCGAUGAGAGCGACGAUGAUGGAGACAGCACUCGGAGGGCUUCUCAGAUUCAAUUCUCUAAGGUGCCAAUCCGCACACGAGCCGGGUCUUCGCCCAUCCGUUCGUCUGAUCGUCAUGAGGGGCCGGAAGUCAUGGUCACAUCUCCCUCACACCCAGCAACAGGAGCGCAUUUUCGCACUGGAUCAUUGGGGACGGCAGUGAAUGUGAAUGAGGGACGACCAAGACGAGACACUACUACCAGUAGUGACCUGUCUACAGAUAACGAGACCAACGAAAUGGACCCUUCGUUUAAGAGGCGACAAAUCCAGUUCUCGACCAAGGACAAAAUCAUAGAAUACCAGGAUCCACCUCGCAGCACUAGUAACAGGAAUGUUGACACUAUGACGCUUGGAGGGCUCAGCGAGGCCGCGGAGGACUCUGGCGCUGAGUCUGUAGGAUCUGUGCUCUCAUCCGAGUUCGAUGCAACAGCCGGGUCCGGCUCGCUGUUGGAAGACGUCGGGAUCACUGGUGGUUUGGACUCAUCCUCGCCUGUCGCAUUGAUGCAUAAGCUACAGAACGGAGCUGGAUCCCAGACUGCAUCUCCAAGGAAACCCAGAACUCCAGCACCCGAGUUGCAAAAUCUGCCACCACCACGCCCCAUCAGCAGACUGCAACCUACCAGUUUACUGACGCAAGCGCUUAAAGCACGCAUGAAGGCGCCCACAAAUCCUGUCGAGAAGUUCGCUGUUCUUUCCGGCAAAGGGUUAGCGGAUGCCCUUAACAUCAAGCUUUAUCUCCCAUUCUCCUCUGACCCCGAAGAACCUCUUGACCUUCAGUUGGCCAGGGAAUCCAAGCUUGCAGAUCAGCCGGCACCAGUCACUGUUGCGGAGGCUAUUGGGCUAGCUCUUUGGAGAUACUCGGAAGAAGGUCGCGAGCCAGCCAUUGAGCGUAACAAACUCAAUGUGAAUAGAUGGACACUACGAAUGGUGGAGGAUGGAGAGAUUGAAUAUGAUUUCCCGCCUCUGAGCCGAGCAUCACACAUAGCAGACUUCACUUCGAACAAUAACAAUAGGGCGACGGGAGUGAGGGGCCGAUCAAGGGGUAAGCAAUAUGAUGAAUUCGCUUUGGUGGAGGCUUCCGAGGAGGAAUUCGAAGAAAAUGAGCGGCUGUUCCCGCAAUACAGUCAGGAAGCACCCUCAGAGGAAAACGUGACAACGCCUACAGCGCCGACAGUGCCACUCAUCCAGCCUACUCCGCAGAGUAAGACCCCGGCAGCUCGCGUGAAUCCCAUUCUGGGACAGCCGUUCUCAUCUGCUCUGAACGACAAUACCUUGACUCCAGCUGACCGGCCCGCGGUCCCUACGUCCCACGCUACACCUCGAAUGGGCGUCUCCAAAACACUGAAGAUCCGGUUCAUGAACCUUGAUGCUGCCACUCACGUUACAACUCUGAACACCUCUACCGACAGCUAUAUAGCCGAGAUUUUGGACUCGGUCUGCAAAAGAUGGGCACUCGACAAGGGCAAUUACAUUCUCAAAGUGGCGGGGUCCAACACGAUAGCGCCGCUUGACCGGACAGUGGAGGCUCUGGGUAAUAUUACCGACCUCGACCUUGUACGGCGUCGAUUCGGGGCGGGGCCUCUAUCAUUAACUGGUUCCCCAGGAAGUUCAUCCCCCAAUGCGCCGUUGCUCAUCGAUAACAAACAGAACGCUGCAAGCAAGAAGAGCAAGAAGAGUGGACCAAGCAUGCUACACCCACUCACCCAAACACAGGAACUUACGGGCGGUUACUACCGGCGCUAUCAUGUGUUUCGAAAGCAGUCAAUGUCCUUCACAACUUCGAACCAUCGCAUCUUGACCUUUGACAAUGACUACAUGCACAUUAUGCCGGGGGAUACGGGAAAGGCAGCAUCCGAUACCAAGACCCGAUCGAUCAGCUUCAACGAUGUGGUGGGAUGCAAAGUGAGCCGGCGACACCCGAAGAACUUCCGGGUCGUUGUUCUACGGGGCAACGAUGCCAAUGAGCAGAAACGGUACGAUUUUGAGGCGCGAAAUGCCCUGGAGGCGGUCGAGAUAGUGGAUGAGAUCAAGAAGAACAUGGCUCAUUAUCGUAUUUAG